UCGAUAUAUCGAUAAUGCGCUGCUAUGUGGAAGCUAUACUCGCGUCGUUUCAACUAACGCGCUAAACGGUACAAAAAUUCGGUUUGUUUACAGUUUUGCAUGUUUUGUAUUUUUCCAAUUGAGUUUUUCGUAUGCUUUCCAACAAUAAUAUUUGAGAAUGUAUCGCCCACGACGUACCUCAGAGUUCCAUGAUGACGGCCGAGAUGAAAGUGGCGUUAUUAACAAACGACAAACAAGGUCGCAAUUGCGAACUACAACAUCAUCUUCAAUUAGCAAGCCAAUUCACAGAGACUGGCAGCAGCAGUCGCGGAUUGCCCAGUACAAUCAGGAUCGUGACCGUGGCACGCCCCACCGCACGGCUCUGCCGCCAACAAUGAAACGUAGCCUGGCCAAUGGGAAUGCGAUGACGCCGUUGCGGCAUCGGCAGGCUUCGUCAACGGAGCGACCUGUCGUAUUUCACACGGACAAGAAGUGGGUGCAGGAGCAGGCGCAGAUGAUUGCCGAAUAUCUGGAUGAAAUGGUGCAGAUUUAUGCGCUACCAAAUUUUCCCAGUGAUUUUUUCAGCCGAGGUGCUGCGGCACUGCGUCAAAUGACUAUGAAACAGUUUGUGGGCAUUGUGAAUUUCUUUUUGCACUUCAUUUGGCCGAAUCGCACCACCGUAGGCACCAACCACGUAGAGGAUAUCACGAGCGCAUUGCACAAGCUCAACUAUCCAUAUCAGGUCAAUAAGUCCUGGCUAAUGACGCCUACCACACAGCACUCGUUUGGUCAUGUCAUUGUAAUGCUCGACUUUAUCAAGGAUUUUGCGCCGCCUUCACAGCAGAAGCAGCACGAGUCUGGCCAAUACGAGGAGUUUCCCUUUAUGGAAACUAGCGAGCAGUCCAGCUAUGUGCAUAACACACAUGAUUCAAUGGCCCUGUCUAACACACAAUUGAGCAGCGUGAUACUCAACGAAGAGACGACUCAGUUGCUGUUCACUAAAUCGGCGGAGUGCUUCGCUGUGUGGGACAAGCAGAAGGUGGAUGAGUAUGCGGUGCUCAAGCGCAAUGUUAGCGAUCGAAUUGUAAAAAGCAUUUGUGACUUGCCCGAUACUGUAGCUCUGGAAGCGGAUAUAGUUCAACAGCAAAACGAGUUGCAGCAGCUAGAGGAGCAGCUCCAACAACCACGCAACAACAAUCACGAAGAGCUGGAGCAGUUGACCGCCCAGAAUCAGCAACUAGAGCAUAGACUGCUGUCCAUACAAGCCAACAUGCAGGAGCAUCGCGAGAAGAUCGAACAGAUCGAUGCAACCGCUGCACAGAAUGUAGACACUAUGAAAGCAUUGCGAAAGGAGCGACAGCAAUUGCAUCGCGAAUUGGGUCAGCAAAAGUGCAGCGCCGAACAGUUUCAGGCCAAGAAGGUGGUGCUAAAUGAUCUGGAGAACAAGGAGAAAUUCUACAACAGACAAUUGCGUGAAUUCACUGAGCGCGGCUACGAUCAGCAGGUGCGAUUCUCGCGUGCCAAGAAACAGUUGCUGGACAAGGUGGAGAAAUUCAAUACGCAUGCGCAAAACAUUGGCCUCGACUCGGACAUAUGCAGUGCCAGCGAGAAGGAUAAGUUGGAUUUGGUGUUGUCGCUGCCGUUACAGCUGGGCGACAUUCAGGCGCGCAACUGCCGGCUGACCAAACUGAGUGCAAUGCUAGAGCAGCGCGGUGCUCAGCACAAGGAACGUAUGCGGCAUCUGGAGCAGCAAAUCAACGAGCUGACGAAGCAAAAUAGAAAUAUCGAUGGGGUUAACAAACAAUUGAGUAUCCAGAUUCAGUCAGUUGAGCAGCAAAUUGAGCAACUGCAUCACAACUACAAGAUCAAAGACGCCAUGUGGUCGCAGCAUCAACAGCAGCUGGAAGAGCGCAAGUGUGAGCUCAAUGAGAAGCUUGAGCAAUUGCAGCUCGAACAGACCGAUCUCAUUGAGCAAUUGGAUAACAAGCGAAAAGAGAACGAAGCAGUUCUCAGCAGUGCCGAGCGCCGACAUGCGGAGAUCAUGCGCGAGCGAGAAGACUUCUGCAAGAAAUACAAACAGGAGCUGGACCACGGCGAAGAACACCUCAAGGAGAUUGAUGCGAUAAUUGCGCAAAACGAAGCCAGGAUAGCCAAUAUCGAAAAGAAGCUCGAGGACAGCAAACUGCCACCGUUUGAAGACGUGCUGGAUACUGUGUUUAGAAAGCUGAUAAAUAAUUAA